GAGAAUUCCCUCUUUUUAAACCCAUUCCUGGCCAAACGGUCCGACGAACGACGAAAACCAAAUCGUCCAAAGAGAUGACGAGGUAGAAGUCGGGUCUUCUCACCCCUACUUCCUGGUGUUAAAGGUGCUCGCAGACAAGUUCCGCGUCAAAGAGUGUCCGGAAAAUACUGAAAAAGUGUUGUGCAUCGUACCAGAAGAAUUAUGGCCCCAAUAGCGACGACGAUGAUCUCCCAACCAACAAAUUUUGGAACGAACAGAAAAAGACAGGAUUUCAAUUGCAACGCGAACUCUCUACUCUCCCAGUACGCCCCUGCGGCACUAUUUCCCUAUCUACCCUUGGAGCAGACCCCAGACUUCCAGAAACUCCUUUCCCCGUCUUGGAAUCCCUUCACCAACAAUCGUUUUCAAUAUGGACCCUACAAUUCCUACUCAAACAAUAACAGCCUGCAGGAUUCUGUAGCAGACAUCAGCGAACAACUUGCAGAUCUGAGCAUUUUGGACAGAAGGCCACUGAAGAGGCCACCACCAUCUUACCUAUGUCAUCUGUGUUUUCAGAAGGGCCAUUACAUCAAAGAUUGUCCAAAGGCUCGACCCAAGGAAGAAGGAAAAACUCCAUAUCAAGGAAGAAAACGCUGUUUCGGCGAGUAUAAAUGUCCAAAAUGUAAGAGAAAGUGGAUGUCCGGUAACUCUUGGUCCAAUAUGGGUCAGGAAUGUAUAAAGUGUCACAUAAAUGUGUAUCCCCACAAGCAAAGGCCAUUGGAGAAACCUGACGGACUCGACGUUUCGGACCAAUCGAAAGUACAUCCUCAGCAUCUUUGCCAGAAGUGCAAAGAGUUGGGUUAUUACUGUAGGAAAGUACAAUAAUGAAUAACAAGCGAAAUUCUGAAAGUUCCAUCCAUUUGUUAGUAUUAUAAUCGAUUCUUUUCAUUCAUUCGUGUUUUCAGACCAAAGUACUUAAUUAUUUUUAUAUUCUGUUGGUAUUUUAUAUAUAUUUUAUGUUGUGGAUGUUCUGUUAAAGCCUAGAUUUAAUUUAUAUUUUCGUCAUUUUUUCCGAUAUAUUUUGAGAAUUUUCAGAUAUUUAUAUAUUUUCAGCUGAGAUUCUAAUUGGAUUAUGGAUGUUGUCCAAGAUGUAUAUAUUAGCUACAGAAUAAUAGUUACGCUAUCCGUUAUAAUGUUCGGUUCUUCUUCAGAAAGUCCUGUGAAAUUUUAUAAAAAUUUAAGUAUUCUAUGAUGUAAUUUUAAUAAUAAAAGAAUACACUGUUUA